AAGUGUGCUGCGAAAAGCAGAAGCAAACUUGCAAACAUGUACUGUCAUCUUCGCUGAUAACUCCCUACGACUUCUGUAUUUUCGGUGAAUCUGAGGCUUACAAGAUAUUUAAAACUACUGUAAAAAAGCGUCGCUUAAGAUUUUUUUUCUCUCCUCCCCAUUGUGCUUCAGUAAGUCAGUCCUGUGGUUUGUUCCCCACACUGUCUCUUUUACUGCUGCAUCUGACACGACUCUAAAGGUUUUUAUUUUAAAAGAGAGACGAAUCAGGUCAGAAUCUGAAGUGUGAAGUUAUCAGACAGAGCUUCUAAAUUAACAUGAACGCAGCUGUACUUCACAGAGCGAUGAGACAACGUGCUUAUCUGAAGAGUAACGUAAUAUUGAACUCAUGCAGUUUUCUCUUACAAUACAUGAACUGUAUCUGAAAAUCAGCAGCAGUGUUGCAGAGGGAAGACCCCCAUGUGUUGGCAAGCCACUGAUACCACAACACAUUUAUGAUCAAGGGGGGAGUCAGUUGCUUUUCAUUUGACAACAGAGGUGGACAGGCAGACUUAAAUACAGGAAAACAAGACAAAGGCAGAGAGAAAGCAAAGACAGAGGUGAGAAGCGAGCGGCUGCGAUAUCCCCUCAGGUUCUCAUGAGCGUUUUCACCUGAGAGCUAGAGUUUCACCAGCAGAGUUAGGGGGUCUAACUUAGACUUUCAUGCUUAGCGAGACCACGACUCUGCCACGGGUUCACCAGCAGCUUGGGCUCACUGGAGUUUGGAGUCUGAAGGUCAUUUCUUUGUGUUUCUUUUACAUUAAGCAUGGAGUCCCUUUCCCUCCCUUUCCAAAGAGGUGAAGACAGCACCGUUUUCCACGUUGAAAGUGACCCGGUGCGUAAAGGACCUCGCCGCAAGAGGGAAUUCAUACCUGAGGAAAAGAAGGACGCCCUCUAUUGGGAGAAGCGUCGCAAGAACAACGAGGCAGCCAAGCGGUCACGGGAGAAGAGGAAGUUAAAUGACUAUGCGCUGGAGUCUCACCUCAUGGCUCUGAAAGAAGAAAACACCAGGCUUAGUGCUGAAUUGAUGGCCAUCAAGCUACAUUUUGGCCUGGCUCAGUCCACGGCAUACACAGGUCGCCAAAGCAACCAACUGCAGCACCACUCCCACAGCAGCGUCCAACCCAGCACCUAUAACCAAUCCCUGCAGGGGAAUCCCUACUGGAGCACCAGAGACUCUUCCUCUGUGGCCAAUCACCAGUCUUCUUAUCCAUUUUUAAUCCCUGCAUAUGCCCUCCACACAAUGAGGGGCUAUUCUUACCUAAACGGAUCGGGCACGAGUGGAUCUGGUGUCCUAGCACCUCUUGUUCUUCCUCGAAAUCUGCUGCCACCCUAUCCUGCCUGUCCUGGGGCUCCUCUCCCGAAGCCCUACCCCACCAGAGCCACUUCUGACGAAGAAGAGGAGCAGCAAGUACCCGGGGUUCUGUACCGAUCCGUCCCACAUCACAGAACGAGCACAAGGAAAGACAAAAGUUCUCCACUAAGACAAUACAUCUCCGACUGACAAGAACCAAGGGAGUAUUUCACUUCUGUUGCAUCUACUUGUCACCGAGUUUAUUUAAAAUUUCUGUCAUUUGAAAUGUUGCCAAAAAAACCGGACCAAUUUCUCCAAGCUGAAACAGAACAGCAGCCUUGGUGUAACAGCAUUCAACAUAUCCAGCAGUGUGUGAUCCAGUAUGUUCUCCUGAUUCAAGAAAAAGCCAAUUCACACUACAUAAUGCCUCCCAAAAGUGUGUAAAUGUUAAGGUAUGCUCAUCAUGCAUCUUCAGCUUUGCAGUCUGUACGUGCUUUAGAUUUAAAAAUGUCUUUAUAAAUAGUUGUGGUUCGAGACAUACCAUAACUGCACAUCACAGCAUAAAAUAAGCCGUGAACCAUCUAAAGGAACUAUCAGCUGGCCAAAUUUAUCCACGUAGCUUCAGCGUUAGCGUAUCUGACAUGUCUAAAGGUUGAUCAAAACUGACAGCAGCGGUGUGUUCUUGGUUGUAAACAAUAAAAUAUGAUGACUGACAGCUUUGGUUUUCUUGUGUGGGCACAUUUAGCCUUCUUUUCAAACCCCUUUACCACAGUGCGUUUGAAUGUUUUAGUAUUAAGAUACGAACAGGAAUGACCUUGUGCUGUAAAGAUUUAAAUAAAUGACGUUUAAAACUGUGAAA